UGGGUUCUUGAAACUUGGAGGGCACAGUUAUUUAUUAGUUGUUCCUGUUAUCGUUCUCUACUUGCAUUUCCUUUCUUUCUUUCUUCGCCGCAAAGCAAAGAAACGCUAUAAAGCAUUAAAACCACACACUUCCACAACACAACCACACAACACAACAUCUCAAAAAUUCAAUUCAGUCAUUUCAAACAAGUUUCAUCCUUUAAUUUUCAUCCAUGGAUUGGGUAAGAGGAGACCCUGUUGGUCGAGGAAGCUUCGCCACGGUUAGUUUAGCGUUUUCAAAAAACAGUGCUGAUAAAUCUUUCAUUUCUCCCACCGCCGUGAAGUCCUGUGAGGUUGGAGCCUCCUACUGGCUCAAGAACGAGAAACACGUGCUCGACCGUCUCGGCAACACGUGCCCACGAAUCAUCACGUGCUUUGGCGAUGACUACACCUUGGAGAAUGGCCGCCAAUACUACAACCUCUUCCUAGAGUACGCCUCUCGAGGCAACCUCUCGGAUGAGCUUGACCGCCGCGGAGGGUGUAUCCCAGAGCUCGAAGUUCGGCACCACGUGAAGUCUAUCGUAGAAGGCCUCAUCCAUAUUCACAACACUGGAUUCGCCCACUGCGACAUAAAGCUUCAAAACAUACUUAUGUUCGAAAACGGUCAGGUUAAGAUUGCGGAUUUUGGUUUAGCGAAAGAAACAGGAGAGAAACAGGGGAAUGAGAAGAAAAAUAAGUGUUUCGAAUGCAGGGGAACUCCUAUGUUUAUGCCGCCGGAAUUGGUUAACAACGGCGAGUGCGAGUCUCCGGCGGAUAUUUGGGCCUUAGGGUGUACUGUAAUAGAGAUGGUGACUGGUAAGCCGGCAUGGAACGUUGCAAAAGAUUCGAAUAUUUGGUCUUUGAUGCUUCGAAUCGGAACAGGGGAAGAAGUUCCUUGUAUUCCAGAUAAAAUUUCGAAAGAAGGGAAGGAUUUCUUGGAGAAGUGUUUUGUUAAAAAUCCUAAAAAGAGAUGGACGGCUGAAAUGCUUCUGAAUCAUCCGUUUCUGGCUUCUCAUACUGUUUCAUUGAAAGCUGGCUUCAUGGCUAAUAAUUAUUCUUCACCGCGAAGCCACUUUGAUUUUUCAGACUGGGUUUGUUCUGUUCUGAGCUCUCACGAGCGCCAGUCGAAUUUCAAUUUUGAUUCGUUUUCGGCCGUGAAUCGAAUUCAGAAGCUUGCGACAGAGGAUCGAGUGCGGGAGAAUUGGCCGGAAUCUGAUGGUUGGACUUGGACCAGUAUCAGGGGGAAUUAAAUUAAACAGAUGAGAAGUAGGAGGAGAAUGAACUAGAAGAGCAAGUUGUAGGGUUUUUGUUCUAAUUUUAAUUAUUUAUAUUCGUUAAUUUUAAUAUUUAAGUUGUAAAUUAAGUAGGCAUGGAAGAGUUCUAACUAGGUACUAACGCCCCUUUGGCCCUCUGUACAGCGGCUUCUUAUAUUAUUAUACCAAAUAAAUUAUAAAUAUAUGAAAUUUUGCUUUUUUUCUCA